CCUUCCCCGCCUCCGAGUCCUCCACCCUCGCCCCCGCCUUCCCCGCCUCCAUCACCGUCGCCACCCCCUCCUCCUCCUCCCCCACGUUCAAGGCCGCCACCGGUCAACAGCCCGUUACCGCCUAGCCAGGUUUCCCUUUCCCAACCGCCACCCAAUUCGCCAGCACCCAACCCAUCAGCCCCGCCGCCUCCCUCCCUGUCCACACCCCUGGCUACUGCAAGACCCCCACCACCUUCAAUCCCAUCUAGCAUCCUCUUUCCUCCUCCUCCCGUUCCUUGGCUAAUAACACCUUCACCCUUAUCUCUUCCCUCAUCACCCGCGCCUCCGCCGCCGCCUACACCAGCAGUCCCUUUCUCGCCUCCGCCUCCUCCCUCCCCGACACCGCCCCCACCUCCUCCCUCCCCGACACCGCCCCCACCUCCUCCCUCCCCGACACCGCCCCCACCUCCUGACGCGGUGAUGUACUACUGGGCUACCUCGGCUGCUGGUCCCAAUGACCCCUCCGGCUCCAGCACCAGCCCUGGCUCCGUGAGCCGCCUGGUGGGGGCGCCUGGUGCCGAUGUGACCAGGAAGAGCCGCACAUGCAAGGCAGCUGCUCCCCUCGCCUGGGUGCCGACACUCGCGGCUCCCCGUACCGUGGCGGUCUACUUCAACCAGACCCCGGCUGCCAAGGUGGGCCAGGUGGGGGCGGUGGCACUCUACGUGCUCAACAAGGGCAGCCUCGACCCCGCCAUCACCGCCAUCGACCUGCUGCUGCUGCUAACGCCAACCACCCAGCAGGUCUCCACUCAGCAGCAGCAGUGGGCUACCAUGUACUCGGGUGGGCAGGGGCAGGGGGAGCAGCUGACAUGCCCGGGACUUAACCACUUCCCCGUGUCAGCCGCGGCGCUGGCGGCAGCACAGCCGCAGCUGACAUCAGUGGAGGUGCUGGCGGCCGAGGUGGUGGGGGUACGGCUGCAUGUCAACGAGGACCACCUUACCAACAAGGCGGACCUGCCCCACCUGGCGGCUGUAGGACUGAAGCUGCUGCAGACCUGAUGAUGCCCAUGCAUGCAUGUAUGCUCGUCGACCCCGCCCUGUUCAUCACCCACAGCUACGUACUGCAGGAGACAGUGUUUUGGUGUUUGUCCAUUGAUGGGGUUCCCAAGGAAGAGGGUCGGUGUCAGUGUUUUUUUUUCAUUUUUGAGGGGUAAUAUUUCAUCGCACCGCGAGCGAUAGAAUUUGGGCCUUCACGCCAGUUUAACUAACUUCUUAUUGCCGUCCAUCGAUAAAGCUUGUUCUUUGUAUGUUUAGUUCAGUUUUCUUGCUAAAGGGGCUGUGCGUCUUCCUUAAGGACCGUCGCGAUGAAAAUACGGCAUUGCAAGGGGCUUAUCGCUUUUCCGGGGAGCCUAGACCAAUUAUUUAUCGCUCGAAAAGCGAUAUAUCGCUCAAAAAAAAACACUGGUGCCACACGCCGACUCGGUGUUUGCGGCGGGCUCGUGUGCGUGAGUCCGGUUCUGUGGGCGUUGUACCUGGGCUUGCUGAUCUAGUUGCCCUGCUGUCUGCUGUUUUGGUGUCAGCUCCCGGGUUUUACUUAUUUGGGUGUUCCUCGUCGGGCGGGCGGGGUGGGCUGAUCUUGGCCCUUCUCAUCCGUUCUUACGUGUAUGUUGGUGGUGGGGCGCUUUCUGCUGUAUUCGGUUGGUUGUUCGGUUGGGCCCCGUUUUCAGUUUGCGAGGUAGGGUGCCCCAGGCACCGUCUGCUGGCGUUUAAACGUAUACCUAAUCCUGUUGGGGUUCGGCUUUGAGGGCGAUGUUGUCAUGGUUCCUGGGUUAGCUGUGGUGUUUUUGGGGUCUGUGUAUGUAUGCGCCUGUUGCCCUAGUGCUUCCCGAGGUUUGCUGCUGAGGGGCCGUUUCUUGGCUUCUACCCACGUUUUUUGGCCUGCCCUUGAUUCUAGGCGCUCCGAUAGGCCGCGCCGUGGAAGCAAGGGAAAAGCCUUAGGGAACACCCCGGACUUAAGGUCCACGCAAAAUUUCCUAUUUAGGUAACAUCGCGCACGAAGCCAUAACAUUGUAACUGUUUCCAGACUAUUGCUAAAUAAAGCCACGGUACCUUGAAGAACAGUUGUUUGCACGCGCAGACAACAUUGGUAUGGGGCAUGGGCAUAACGUUGGUGUUAUGUGGUGCUACUGUGAAUGUUGGGAACAACGACCGAAUGUGUUUUCCUGUUGUCUGUUGUUAAGGUGCAACGUUGCUGUUAGGAAAGGGGCUGUCGUACACGUGCUUUCUUACAGUGGCGCAAGAGUGGUCGUAAGGGAGUCUGAGGUCGUACAGGGCCUCCUGGCAGCGUGCUGUGCUCGCUGUGCUCAGAAGCGUGCUAUGAAACAUCUUAGAAGGAAAGCAAUUGUUUAUGCCAUAUAUUUCUCUGUAAGUGCAGCCCAUUUGGUAUUCAC